AUGCCUUCCCGCUAUGCCGUUGUGUCCCUGCCCCUCGGCGUCUUCGACUCCAGCAACAAAGCAAACGCCAUCUCGUCCCUCGCGACCUCCAUCUCACAGGACAAUGGCACUGUCAGUCCGUUCAACAUCCCCGACUUUAAGAUUGGCACACUUGAUGCCCUAGUUCAGCAAGCCGACGACCUAGCCAAGCUCGAAACGACAUGUCACGCCGUCGUCACCAAGGUCGGCGAGUCGCUCCGAUCUGUUCUAGACAAUGAUGAGGAGCGCCUGGCCUCUUAUAAAGUGGUGAAUGACAAGCCCACGGAGCAGUACCUCCGUACCUUCAGUUGGAACAAGAUUCGAUAUCGAAGCGACAAGCCUUUGAGUGAGCUCAUAGACAUCCUUCAGAAGGAACUGGUCACGGUGGACAAUGACGUCAAAACCAAAUUCAGCCAAUACAAUACUGUCAAGUCAAACCUCGCUACAUUGCAGCGACGCCAGACAGGAAAUCUCGCAACCAAGUCAUUGACUCCCAUCGUUAGCCCCAAGCUCCUCGUUCAAGAUUCCGAAUACAUUGAAACGCAUCUUGUCGCCGUGCCAACCAACUCUAAAAAGGAAUUCAUCAAAACCUACGAGACUCUUUGUCCCAUGGUUGUGCCCCGAUCCUCCGUGGAGGUCGACCAUGACGACGAGUUCACGCUAUUCGCGGUAGCCACUUUCAAGAAAUAUAGCGCAGAAUUUAUUCACAAAUGUCGAGAGCAAAAGUGGACCCCUCGUCAAUAUACCUAUGUGGAAGGUGGACGAGAGGAGGAGCAGCGCGAGUUAGACCGCGUGACUAACGAGGAGCGCAAAGUAUGCGGCGAGGCUCUCCGCAUUGGCCGAACAGGAUGGAGCGAGAGUGUCAUGAUCUGGGUUCACGUCCUGACAUUGAGGGUCUUUGUUGAGGCCGUACUGAGGUACGGUUUACCGCUCGACUACGUGACUGCUCUGGUGAAGACGACUCCCAAGCUGGCGCCCAAGGUCAAGGCAGCGCUUGACUCCAAGUAUUCAUACCUGGGAGGCAAUGCCUUUGGUCGCGACAAGCGUGGCAGAGUCACCAAAGACGACGCGGCCAUGUCCUCAGAACUGGCGGCGGCGGGACUUGGAACCGGUGAAGGACACGAGUACACAGCCUACGUUUACUACGAGUUGGAGUUUCCGUGA